AUGAGAGUAGCAGAAAUGUUUCCGCCGUUGCUCAUUGCUCAGGGAGAGCUUAGCAUUGAUGGUCGUUCUUUGGACAUUGCCAGUGUAGUGGCAGUUUCACGACAUCGUUGUACGCCUACCAUCGAUAAACGGCCCGAUGUGCUGGCCCAGGUGAACGAAAGCGUUGAAACGCUGAUGUCAUAUCUCUCUGAUGGUGCUUAUCUUUAUGGUGUAAACACCGGCUUCGGGGGAUCAGCUGAUGUUCGAACGACAGACCUUCUUGCCUUACAGCGAGCCCUGAUUCAGCACACAACUUCGGCAGUCGUAACCGAGUCAGAUAUCGCUGGCAAAAUCCAUGAUGAAUAUGGUAGCAAUGUAAUGCCUAGUGUCUGGAUGAAGGCAGCUAUGCUCAUUCGUGCAAAUACGAACAUCAGAGGCCAUUCAGCAGUGUCCAUGCCGGUCGCCGAAAGGGUGAUCCAGCUGAUCCAGAACGAUUGCACGCCGCUUGUUCCCCUCCGUGGGUCUGUAUCGGCAUCUGGGGAUCUAAUGCCUAUGUCCUACGUUGCCAGCGCCAUCAUGGGUUGUCCAGAUACUCAUGUCCGGAUGGGGAGUGCAUAUGGUGGUCUGACUACCUCCGCAGACGAUGCUCUCCGAAGAUUGAACCUGGAACCAGUCAUCCUAGGUCCAAAGGAAGGGCUCGGUCUAAUCAAUGGAACGGCAGCCUCUGCUGCGGUAGCCAGCUUAGCCGUAUAUGAAGCGAACAAUCUCGCCGUCGUCUCUCAGGUCUUGACGGCAAUGGCGUCCGAGUCCCUUGCAGCCAAUGUCGAAUGGACACACCCAUUCAUAGCCGACGUUCGACCACACAGUGGCCAGAUUGAAGCCGCAUGCAAUUUUCGGUCGUUUCUUGCCGGCUCCAAGCUCGUUGUCGGUCUGUCAGGAGACAAAGACCGCUUCAAGACGGGCCUCGCUCAGGAGCGAUAUGCCCUCCGCAGCGCCCCGCAAUGGAUGUCCCCUGUACUGGAAGACCUCCUUUCGGCCUCAGUUCAGAUCACAACAGAGCUGAAUUCCACUUCCGACAAUCCAAUAGUUGACUCAGAGCGCUCCGAAAUCUAUAGCGGUGCCAACUUCCAAGCCGCCGCCGUCACCCUCGCAUCCGAAAAGACGCGCUCCUGUCUCCAGAUGCUCGGAAAGCUCGUCUUUGCUCAAGCCACCGAGAUAAUCAACAACACACUCAACAAUGGCCUCCCGCCAAAUCUUGCCGCUGACGACCCCAGCCUGUCUUUCUGUCUCAAGGGUAUCGAUGUCAACAUGGCUGCGUACCAAUCCGAGCUCGGCUUCCUCGCAAAUCCUGUUUCCAGCCAUGUGCAGUCAGCCGAGAUGCACAACCAAGCCAUCAACUCGCUCGCUCUUUUGACUUCGCGCUACACCAUGCAGGCCGUCGAGGUCAUGCAACUGAUGUGCGCCAGCAUGUUCUACACCACAUGCCAGGCCCUCGACCUGCGCGUCCUCCACGCUUCUUUCCUCGCCUCUUUCAAUACCUCCUUGCGAGGACUCAUCACCCAGACGCCUGCUCUGGCCGAUGCCGUCUCAAACGAGCUACACGCCGAGCUCGUAAAGACGCUCGCUGCGACUUGGUACGCAAGUGCGACACUCGAUGCUCGUGAGCGCUGCGACGCAACUGCCGCUGCACUGGUCCCUGUGCUCACUGCACAUCUCGCGUCGCAGGCCUGCCCUGUUUCUCUCUCGGACACGCAGCGCUUCCGCGAAGAGCUCGGUGCUGCAUUGCUCGCGCGUUACGUUUCUCAUCGUGACGCGUUCUUCAGCGCGCCCACAACAGCUGCGUAUCUAGGUAAGGCAUCGAAGGCUUGCUACGAGUUUGUCCGUGGUGUGCUUGGCGUGCCACUGCAUCGUGGUUUGGUGGAGCAUCCUGGCGUAUUCGAUGUGGAUCAGAACGUUAUUGACGGGAGGAAGAAGAGGACGAUUGGGAGUUGGGUCGCACUCAUACAUGGGGCUGUUAGGGACGGGAGGUUGAUGGUGUCAUUAUGGGACUUGAGGAGAGUGCACCCAAGACCAAUGGUAGCGCUGUAUCAGCGAGCACUUAGGGCACAUCACAUGAUGCUCGAGUGA